UCCGCGGGGUCCGCAGCUCAGCUACGGGGUCUGUGUCCUCCUGCAGCUCCGAGCAAAGCCGCCUGCCACCAUGGUGCACUGGACAGCCGAAGAGAAGCAGCUCAUCACCAGCGUCUGGAGCAAGAUCAAUGUGGAGGAAUGCGGUGCCGAGGCCCUGGCCAGGCUGCUGAUCGUCUACCCCUGGACCCAGAGGUUCUUCGCUUCCUUCGGGAACCUCUCCAGCCCCACCGCCAUCCUUGGCAACCCCAAGGUCCGUGCCCAUGGGAAGAAAGUGCUCACCUCCUUCGGGGAAGCCAUCAAGAACCUGGACAACAUUAAGGCGACCUACGCCAAGCUGUCCGAGCUGCACUGUGAGAAGCUGCACGUGGACCCUGAGAACUUCAGGGUGAGCCAUGUUUGCAGUCCCAGCCCUUUCCCUAUGUCACGUGGGGAAAGUCAGAUUUUGCUUUGAAACUGGGGGUAUUGC